UUUCAUUUGAAUCAUCGUACUACUCACAAUCUCCACAAGGAAAAAACACUAUAAAUGCACUAGCCAUCGACCCUCAUUAACGACAUUCCUCCAAGCACAAGUAUUAUUAUCAUCAAAUAAAUUCCUAGCCAUUUUUGGCCACUAGCUCAACCCUCGUCUUUCAUCAGCCUUAAGCCAUGGCGUCUAAAUUUAGCUUUGAGAGUUUUGUUAUACUCGCCUUUGCAAUUUCUCUAGUUGUGCAGGGCACUCUUGGAGAUAUAGAAUGCGAGAAUCUAAACGAGAAAACAUGUGCAUUUGCUGUAUCAUCAAGCAGCAAAAGGUGUGUCCUAGAGAAGCAUGUGAAAAGAACAGGGGAAGAAGCAUACACAUGCAGAACAUCAGACAUAGAAGCUGAUAAACUAAAAGACCACAUAGAGAGCGACCAAUGCAUCAAAUCUUGUGAUUUAGACAGAAAGUCACUUGGAAUUUCAUCAGAUUCACUUCUUGAAUCACGCUUCACUGAAAAACUAUGUUCUCCACAGUGUUACAAGAGUUGUCCAAAUGUUGUUGAUCUUUAUUUUAAUCUUGCAGCUGGUGAAGGUGUUUUUCUUCCUAAGUUGUGUGAGGUUCAAGGUGGAUUCAAUGUUCGUCGUGGAAUGGCUGAGCUGAAAAGUUCUGGGAUUGUAGCACCAGGACCUGUGAAUUCAGUGCAGUUUAUAGCUUCACCACCACUUGGUUCUGUUGAGUUUGCAGCUGAACCUGAGGUUGCUCCAUCACACCCACCAUACUAAAUUGUAGUUUAAUUAAUUUAGAUCAAGAUAAGAAAAUGAGAGUAUUGGCAUAUAUGGUAGUUUGUUGGUUAUUCCACACACAUAUAUAUGAAUAAUAUAUUAUUGAGAAAUUUGAGAGAGAAGCUUACUAUACGUUGUUUAGUUUGUAUUACUAAUAAUAAAGUUUGCUUAUAAAAUCAUAUGUUAUUAUGUUUA